UCUUUCAAAAACAUUAAAAAUAGUAAUGUUUCCAAACUUUUGGUCUGUACUGUAUAUAUAUAUAUAUUGCCCAGCCCUACUUAAAAGUUAAUAUUAAAGCACUGAGGGUAUAGUCGUUAGAUGGUAUUGAUUGUAUGGUAUUGAUUUGAGUGUAUAUAGGGUUGAUGUGUGUACAAAAAAACUACACUACAACCAGUCCAGUGAGCAUUUCCAAGAUACUGACGAUAUUACUGCAAAUAUGACCAGACACAGGCGUCUUACACUGAGCACAUGUUGAGUUAGUGGAAAACUCAGAGCUGAUUAUUACUCUUAACCAGGCAGUUCAACACUGUAGUAUUUCACAUCUGUAAAGUCAGAGCAUGUUUGAAAUGUAAAGUACUGAUCAUGUGAUGGUAAAAACUUUAAACUUUAUAUAUCUUUUUUAUUAUUUAGCCGGCGCCUUGUCUUAUGGAAGAUGUAGGUUAAUGUUUAAAGGACCCACAUCAAAAAUGUAAAAGAAAAAAAAAUGUUUAGGUGUUACUUUUUACAUACUUUAAAGCUAUCAGUGUAGCUUAAACAAAGCUAUCUUGUCGUUGAUUUACUUUGGACAUGUUUUCAUUCGAUUUUUGAACACAUUUAGAUAAGCGUUGUUUUUAAGAAGGAAUAGUUUACACUGAUGAUGUAAUGGUUUUGAUGGACUCAUGUUACACUGUCUCAGACUACCUUCAAAUUGCAAUAAUCAUGAUAUAAGUCUGUUAUAUCUGUUGUUGUUGUUUUUUCAUCGACAGAAAUGCUAUUGCACCAAAUUGUCAUUUGUUAGAUUUCUCAACAAUAUUAAAACAAACAAAAUUAGUUGUUUGGUUUUGUUUUAUGUUCUGGAAAGCAGUAGGUGUUUUCUUCUUACGGUUGUUCAUUGAAACAUUGGGUUCGUUCUCCUUGGCUGAACAACCUCACCAAGGGCAUAUUUCCAUUACCAUUGUGGACAUAUAAGGGAACGAGUGACCUGCACUGAAAAUAUGAUUUAAGAGUGAUUUGGUAUAGUAUUUGUAAGUUAUCCCGUUAGAAACACCAUGUUUUUCCACUCAUGUGGCUAUGUGUGGAGCUUUCUGUGUAAGUUACUUUGUGUAAAUGUCCCUGCAGCAUUUGGAAAGCAUUUCUUUCUUGCAACCCUUCACGUUGCCUCUGAGUUCCCAAAACAAUGAUGCUUACACCAAACAUUUCACGGAUCAAUGGCGGUUUGUUUUCCCCCCAAGCACCAGUUGAUCCAAUAAUGAACCAAGACCGUAUAUUAGAGUGACGUAAAUAAAAACCCAGUGCUCCAGUGGACAAGGUGUGGUCAAAAGACUGACUUCUGAGAAUUUUGUGAUGGUAUUUAAAGUUAAGGAUAGUCACGGCUCUAUAAAAGGUCAUUAUUGGUGAAGGACAGACUUGUUUUUGGAACGUGAGGGUGCUUGUGAUCUAGAUGAACCACUGCAGGAGUCAUCACGUUUUUCAAAAGUAAGUGGACUCCACUCCAGCAACAUCAGGCAGCCAUGCCCUUGCGACCGAGGGCUUCCUCUCAACCUGUAAGAGCAAGCAUCCUUCCAAGCCUUAAAAACGUUCCAGUUCUGCGCCCGAGAGCUUUGUCGUCCCACACGCAGUCACCCUUAGAGGAUGAGCUGUCUUGUCCGAUCUGCUGCAAGAUCUUCACCGAUCCCGUGGUCCUGAAGUGCAGCCACAGUUUCUGCCGCCUCUGCCUCCAGGCCUUCUGGAACAAGAAGGCAGCCAAGAGGGAAUGUCCCGUGUGCAGGAGGAAGUGUUCUCUGACGGAGCCCACCGUGAGUCUGGCUCUAAAGAACGUGUGCGACGCCAUCGCACAGGAGCAGAAAGGACAGGCGUCUGCAAAAGCGGGCUCAUAUUCAGCCAACGGGACGUCUAAACCAGAGGCUGUCUGUGCCACUCACGGAGAGGGACUCAAAUUGUUCUGCCAAUAUGAUGAAGUAGUUCUCUGCUGUGUUUGUCAAACGUCCAAGAAACAUCAAGGCCACAGUGUGUGUCCUUUGGAGGAAGCAGCAAAUGAUCUCAAGGAGGAAAUGCGGCAGAUUGUCGUCCCGCUUAAGAAAAGCCUUCGACGCCUCUAUGAGGCCAAACAGGAAUGUGAUGACAUAACUGUCCACAUCAAGAACCAAAGACAACAGACAGAGAAACAAAUUCACGAGGAAUUUGAAGAGUUUCGGCGAUUUCUUCUGAAGGAGGAAGCUGCGAGGAUUGCUUUGCUGGCACAAGAAGAAGAGACCAAGAAACAGAUGAUGAAGAAAAAAACAGACGUAAUCGCUCGUGAUAUACUCACCUUUUCUCAGGCUGUCAUAGCCAUUGAAAAUGAGAUUGCUAAUGCUGACAGCCUCUUUUUACAGAACUACAAGAAUGUCAAAAAGAGAGCUCAGAUAACAUUUAACGAACCAGAAAACAUUCCCAAUUCUCUAAUCAAUGUUGCGGAGCACAUCACCUCGCUGCAGUUCAGAGUGUGGGAAAAAAUGCAGAGCCUGGUGGAAUACACUCCAGUGGCGUUGGACCCCAACACAGCGUACCCCUGUUUGUCUCUUAGCAAGAACCUGACGAGUGUGUCCAACACAGGGACGAUGAAAAAGCUGCCUGAUAACCCUGAGCGCUUUGACCACCUUGUUUUUGUACUGGGCUCCAAGGGUUUCACCUCAGGGUGUCAUUCCUGGGAGGUGGACGUGGGCCAAAAUAAUGACUGGGUAAUUGGUGUGGUUAAAGAAUCUGUAGCCAGGAAAGGCAAAAUCUCAGGCUGUCCCGAAGGAGGAUUCUGGACCAUCGCUCUCUCUGAUGGGAAGUACACGGCCAUGACCAGCCCCCACACCCCGCUCGACCUGAAGGGCCACCUGGAAAGGGUUCGGGUGAAGAUCGACUAUACAAACGGAGAGGUCAGCUUCUUUGAUUCAGUGGGUGUCACACCUAUCUACACAUUCAAUGACCACUUUACUGAGACAAUAUUCCCUUUUUUCUGUCCGGGGGCAAAUAUAAAUGGGAACAAUCCAGGGCCGCUGAAGAUCUGCCCUGUGAGAGUGGCAGUAUGGAACAGUGCCUCCUGGUGAUGCCAGUUUUAUGUAUGUAUUUCUGCUUCAGUUAUACAGUAACAGUCAAAGAUUUGGAAACAUUUACCUUUUAUUCUACUAAAUUACUAUUUUUCCAGGUUUCACAAUUAAAUCAAAUCAUAAAAUAUCAAAUUACAGUUUGACCAGGUGUGGCCAAUUUUCAUAGCAUUGCUCCGUAAGCCCCCUUUUGGAACCUUUAUAUUUAAGAGUGUAUUAGGCCUUUACCUUUGAAUGAUACAGCAAAAAAGACUUGGCUUUCUCACUAGCAUUUAUUCAACAGCCAGGAACUCUUUAUCAUUCCUUGUAGAGUCUCAGCAAAGAUAAGCAUGCACACUCUUUAUAGAGUAGUUAUCAGCACAUGUUCUUAGCCACAAGACAUGACUUUAAAAUUUAAAGUACAGAAGUCUGUCAUGCGUGUAAAAUUAAUUUCAGGCAUUUAAGCAUAAGGCUUUAGAUAAACAGAUUUUAAAAUGCACAAAAAGCUCAGUCAAGUGUGUCCAGACCUUUUAUUGGUAGUGCAUGAUGUUAAGUUUUAUGGACAGUUUAUUGUCUACCAAAGUAAAUGUUUGGAUAUUCUACUAAUAUUUAAAUUUGAAAAUGUCACUGAUAAGUAAUGUCUAAUGAACAGAAAAGUAGUUGUAUUUAUUGCUCUUUUCACAAUGUGUAUGUAGUACUGUCAGAAAACACUUAACAUUAAAUACUAAAUAUGUGUUGUGA